AUGGCUGAGGCGGAGGAGCAAUGGGAGGGCUGGGCGAAGGAAAUUAAAGAAGGUAAAAGGCAGAGCUUUUUGAGCUUCAUGGAAGAAAGAGGAUUGGUUCAUUCUGUUAUUGGAGACCGCGACGUACUAGAUAAGAUGAUUACGAAUAAACGCGUAGGGUUAUACGCCGGAAUUGACCCGACUGCCCCCUCGAUGCACGUUGGACACAUGCUUCCCUUCAUGGUUCUCGGGUGGGCCUAUGUGCAUGGCAUGAAAUCGGUCUGGCUUUUGGGUGGUUCUACCUCCCGAGUCGGUGACCCUACUGGACGAACUACGGCGCGCCCACUCCUUAGCAAUGCCUCUAGAAAAGCAUACAUUGCCAACAUGCACAUGCAACUAAAAAAACUCGGGGGAACAAUGCUGGGACGGGAGCCGGUGAAGACCCGGCUCGAGAGUGGAAGUGGCAUGUCCUUUACUGAAUUUUGCUACCCAAUAAUGCAGGCAUGGGACUGGUGGCAUCUUUACCAGAAAGGGAUUACCAUUCAAGUAGGGGGUUCUGACCAGUCGGGGAAUAUCCAGUUUGGAAUUGAUACCAUCAAACAAAUAUUGAAAACGUCACCUAUUGAACGCAAACCAGGAGAAGAUCCAGAUUUGUCAACACCUAUUGGACUUACAGUACCGCUACUCACUACUUCAACGGGCGAGAAGAUUGGCAAAUCUGCUGGCAAUUCGAUAUGGCUCGACAAAGAUAUGACAUCAACCUAUGACCUUUACCAGUAUUUCAUGCGCCAACCAGAUCAAGAUAUGGAGCGAUUAUUGAAACUCUUCACGUUCAUUCCAACUUCUCGAAUCCACGAAAUAGUUGAAGAGCAUAAUAAAUCACCUUCCCUGAGGCUUGCACAACAUACUUUAGCUCAAGAAUUUGUUGAACUCAUUCACGGAGCUAAGGAGGCAGAGGAGGCUUCAAAGGCCCAUAAAGCCAUUUUCCAGCCUCAGAGCUCAACUUCGCCCAAAUCAGAGGCUGCUAACUCGAUACCUCUCUUACCAUCUGGAAUACCUGAAUUUAUUAAUGCUGGGGUUAACAAGAAAGCACCACAAAUGAAUGCUUUUACCGCACCAACACACCAUCUAACUCUUCCCCGUUCGAUGGUGGUCGGACAAUACUUUCACAAGAUCCUUUACGCUGCCGGGAUGGUCUCUUCCAAGCAGGAAGGAUUCCGAAUAAUUGUGAAUAAUGGGGCAUCUGUUGGCUGCAUGCCGAGUGGUGCUGAGCAAAUGGGCGAUGCUCUAAGUUUUAUCCCUCUUCGAACCUGGCCUGCAGAUGUCACGGAGAAAUUCAUCAUCGACGGGAGUUUGCUUAUUCUACGAAUUGGGAAAUGGAGAGUCAAAAUAAUCAAGAUCAUUAGUGAUAAAGAAUUCGAAGAGCAGGGCCUCACCGUACCCCAAUCAGAACCAGAGCCGCAACCUAAAACUGAGGAGCAAAAAGACCGUGAACUAUUUGCAAAAAAACGCAGAAUUGCUGGAAGACAAGUCCAGCGACCUGGCAUUGCUGGAGGUUCUGCCGGAGGGCGAAAACCUAAAAUUAUUUCACUCCAAGAGUGGUCUAAUCAAAAGGAGAGAGAGGAAGAGGCAGAGUUGGAAAAGGAGCGGGCGAAGCGACAAGCCUGGCCUUGA